AAAGGAAGUUAAUGUUACCAGCUGCAAAACCACAACAGCAGCACAAAAUUAACUUGUAGCAAAACGUGUUAGUUUAAUUUGUUUAUUUUAUUUGACUGAUUAUAUUCACAAACCUGACACGUGACAGGACAACGGUGCUCUUAUUGGUGAAUUUGUUUGACGAAACGUUGCUGCUAUCCCAAAUACACCAAUCACCAAAAAACCCCGGUUGUGAUAGCUGAAAAGCUUCUACUAUGUUUGACGCCCUUCUGCCGCGUUGUGUUGACUACGAAUUGCGCCAAGCGUUGCUGUGCAUAAUUAAUUGCCAAUAGUUCUACAGGCCUCGGUCCACUGACACAAAAGCAAGCGUCAACAAUAUUGGUUUGGAGCGCCACUAAUCUAAAAUGCUACUGUGUAUUGGAGCGGCCUGCGCCGUAACGCUUGGCCUUUGGACUUGGAUAGGAGACGCAGAUUUUUCGACGUUAAUUUCGCAUGUUUUUUUCCGCAGCCGAUGGGAAAAAUAUCGAGGACGAGUCAUUUGGAUAACAGGUGCAUCUUCAGGUAUAGGCGAACAGCUGGCGUACAUUUUCGCUCGUCUUGACUGCAAACUUAUCCUCUCGGGGACGCGCCAAGCUGAACUUGAACGAGUGAGAAAUCGCUGCGAAACAAUUUCGGAGAAAUGCGAAGUUCUUAUAGUGCAAGGCAAUAUUGCGGACAUAGAACUGCACUCGAAAUGGGUCAAGACAGUGCUGGACAAGUUCGGGAUGAUCGAUGUUCUCGUCAAUAAUGCCGGUCGAUCGCAGCGUGCCAGGUUCGUCGAAAUCUCGAUGGAGAUCGACAAGGAGCUAUUUUCCAUCAACGUUUUUGGCAUGAUCUCAUUAACACGCGAGGUCGUCAAAUUUUGGAUAGAAAAGAAAAAGUGCAACGGCCAAAUCUUAGUGACUUCCUCCACUGCCGGCAAAAUAGGAGCCCCGUUUUCAGCGACGUACACUGCCAGCAAGCAUGCUUUGCACGGAUACUUUGAAGCAUUGAGGUCAGAGAUGCAAGCUAUCGAGCAACCCAUAAAUAUUACGAUCGCGUGCCCAGGACCUGUUCGAUCAAAUAUUCGUGUCACAGCAUACACCGAAAAGAUUGGCGUACAGUACAACAUGCCGGAUACGGCCGAUCAACGUCUAAUGGAGACAGCGCGCUGUGCACGCCUCAUGGUGUCCGGUCUUGCAAGUGGACUCGACGAGCUGUGGAUCUCUAAUCAGCCAAUUCUUAUCUCGUACUAUCUUGCUCAGUAUAUGCCAUCAGUAUUCCAUCACUAUUUAGUGCCCUUAUUGAUGAAGCCGAGUAUAAUGGAGAUGCGAGAUGGCAGGUAGCAUGUCAGUGAAGGUCUAACGAGGUCUCCAUUGUCCGGUGUUGACUUGGGCCGUAACAGCUUUGUUAACCGUAAUAGUCAACUAUCCUGAUGCGUAGCCACGUGGAGGAAAGCUAGUUAGAGCAUUGGCAGUGUUGCUCAUAGAUGCGCCUAAGAUAGCGUGUUAGCAUCAAUUAGAGGAGAUUCCGAGCAUAAUGUACUCAUCAGCGAGGUUUUUAAAAGCUUUUUAUCUAUGUUUAAAAUUAACUGACUAUGGUUAGAAGCUGUGAAAGAAUUUAUUUAUGCCACUUUCUAAACAUAUAAUGUAAUUAUAUGUUCGGUAUACUCGGACCGUAACUUAAUUCGAGAUGGGAUGCAAAAAUCCCAGACCACAUGAUGUCGGGUGUUCAAAGGUAACCUUGUAGGUAUUUAUUUACUAUUUAUGGAAGAAGUUAUGGUUAAACUCUUGUUGUAUUGAUUUCGUUUUAGGACAAGCAAUGAAUAAUUGCGUAACUGGCUGAUUUUCCUUUUCCUUUUAAUGUCAAUGACGGAAUGACUGGCGAGAGCUGAAUCUGCCGUUAACACAAGAGCUCUGAGCAAAUGGAUUAGCAAUUAUUGUCUGUUGGUGAAGAUUAUUUUAUAUGACCCUUGAUGUUAGUCUUCUAUUUAUCUAUCUAUAAAUAUAUAUUAAUGGUACAAUAAAUGUUGCAGGAGUUUGUCUGGAAUAUUUAAAUUGGUAUGAACCUACUAAUGACGCGUUCCAUUUUUAUUACCACUAAUUCUGUGUUCCUACUACCAGACAUAGGUGUCGCUUAUUAGUUGAUAAAAAAAAAAUGGUACAACACAAUUGUUCUAUUAUUAUUAUUAUUAGGCAUGUAGAUAUCACAGCUCGAAUUUUUAUCCCAACUACUAGUUUUCAUACAGAUGCAAAUCUACAGUGCUUCACUGCCUUGUGUGUCGUUCUCAGCGUGGUUAUUCUGUGCAUCGUUUCAAUUUUUCAUUUAAGCCUGGGAUCUUUGACAGGAUGAGAUUGCUGAUCUUAAAACUGCUUAGGUCAUCCUUCUUGUGUCUGUAUGCAUUUAUCUAUAUUCACGAACUUUGUAUAAAUAUAUUUUUAUGAACAUCUACUUUGCUACACGUAUUAUGUAGUAAACUGAUUUGUUCAU